CCACUCCUUAUUUCACAUGCUGGAACAAACAGGCAAUUGGCAAUGGAGUAUCUAAGAAAUGUUGUGUGGUUCUGGCUUCCCGGGAAUCUCUCUCAGCUUUUCCAUCUGACUCUUGCCUUGAUCCUUACCUCUGUUGCUCUGAAAGCCAUCCAGCUAUUUCAGACAAGGCAGAAGCUGCUCAAAGUGUUUAGGGAUUUCCCAGGACCUCCCAGUCACUGGCUAUAUGGCCAUAUUCACAUGCUUAAACAUGGAGUAGAAGUAACAAAUGUAUUAAAAUGGACAAAAGAAUUUCCGCAAUGUUUCCCUGUGUGGUAUGGACCUUUCCUGGCUUUCUUCACCAUCAACCACCCUGAAUAUGUCAAGGCAGUGUGCAGCAGAGGUGAUCCUAAAUGUUCCAUAGCUUACAACUUCCUUGUUCCAUGGAUUGGAAGAGGGUUGCUAGUCCUGAAUGGGCCGAAGUGGCAGCAGCACCGGAAGCUGCUCACCCCGGGAUUCCAUUAUGAGAUUCUGAAGUCAUAUGUGACUCCCAUGGCUGAGUCAGUCAAAGUGAUGCUGGAUAAAUGGGAGAAGCUGGUCCAAGAAGACCCAGAGGUAUCAGUGGAGAUGUUUGAACAUGUCAGCCUGAUGACCCUUGACAGCAUCAUGAAAUGUGCCUUCAGUGUCCAGAGCAACUGCCAGAUGGAUAGGGAUAAUUCUUACAUUAAAAUCAUCUUUGAGCUCACCUUACUGAUUAGUCUCAGAACACUGGUGCCUCCAUACUACAGUGAUCUCAUUUACUGGUUUUCCUCUCAAGGGCGUCAAUUCCGCAAGGCCUGUAAAUUAGCCCACCUCCACACAGACAAAGUAAUAAAGGAGAGACAAGAGGUCCUCAAGAAUGAGCAAGAACUUGAGAAGACUCAGAAGAAGCGGCACCUGGACUUCCUAGAUAUUCUUCUUUGUGCAAAGGAUGAAGAAGGAAAUCCAUUGUCUGAUGAAGACCUGCGUGCUGAGGUGGACACUUUCAUGUUUGGAGGUCAUGAUACCGUAUCCAGUGGGAUCUCUUGGCUAUUUUACUGCAUGGCCCAAAAUCCUGAGCACCAGCAGAGAUGCAGAGAGGAGAUAAAGGAGCUCGUUGGGGACCAAGAAACUAUUCAAUGGGAUAACCUGGGGAAGAUGACAUACACCACCAUGUGCAUUAAAGAGAGCCUUCGACUUUACUCUCCAGGACCUGUAACAGCUCGAUUAUUGAGUUCACCUCUGACAUUUCAUGAUGGACGAACCCUACCUGAAGGCUUCCUUGUUGCACUGAAUAUAUUUGGACUCCACAGAAACCCUGAAGUAUGGGACAGCCCUGAGGUCUUUGAACCCAUGAGAUUUUCUCCAGAGAAUUCAAGUUUGCGCCAUCCCUAUGCUUUCAUGCCUUUUGCUGCUGGGUCAAGGAACUGCAUUGGACAGCAGUUUGCCAUGAUUGAGUUGAAACUGGCCCUUGCCUUAACUUUGCUCCGGUUCGAACUGAAACCAGACCCAGCAAAACCUUCGUUUCCUAUGAUUCAGAUUAUCACAAAGUCCAUGAGUGGGAUCCAUCUAAAAUUGAAGAAACUCUUUUCACAUGCUGGAACAAACAGGCAAUUGGCAAUGGAGGGUCUAAGAAACGCUGUGUGGUUUUGGUUUCCCGGGAAUCUCUCUCAGCUUUUCCAUCUGACUCUUGCCUUGAUCCUUACCUCUGUGGCUCUGAAAGCCAUCCAGCUAUUUCAGACGACGCAGAAGCUGCUCAAAGGGUUUAGGGAUUUCCCAGGACCUCUCCGUCACUGGCUAUAUGGCCAUAUUCACUUGUUCAAACUUGAGGAAGACCUAAAAAAUUUAGUGAAAUGGACAGAAAGAUUUCCGCAAUGUUUCCCUAUAUGGUAUGGACCUUUCCUGGCUUUCUUCGUCAUCAACCACCCUGAAUAUGCCAAGGCAGUGUUAAGCAGAGGCGACCCCAAAAAUCUCUUAGUUUACAAUCUCUUAAUUCCAUGGAUUGGAAGAGGGUUGCUAAUCCUGAAUGGGCCGAAGUGGCAGCAGCACCGGAAGUUGCUCACCCCGGGAUUCCAUUAUGAGAUUCUGAAGUCAUAUGUGACUCCCAUGGCUGAGUCAGUCAAAGUGAUGCUGGAUAAAUGGGAGAAGCUGGUCCAAGAAGACCCAGAGGUAUCAGUGGAGAUGUUUGAACAUGUUGGCCUGAUGACCCUUGACAGCAUCAUGAAAUGUGCCUUCAGUGUCCAGAGCAGCUGCCAGGUGGAUAGGGACAAUUCUUACAUUAAAACCAUCGAUGUUCUCUCCUCACUGGUUUAUGACAGAACAAAAAAACUUCUACACCAGAGUGAUCUCAUUUACUGGUUUUCCUCUCAAGGGCGUCAAUUCCGCAAGGCCUGCAAAUUAGCCCACCUCCACACAGACAGAGUAAUAAAGGAGAGACAAGAGGCCCUCAGGAAUGAGCAAGAACUUGAGAAGAUCCAGAAGAAGCGGCGCCUGGACUUCCUAGAUAUUCUCCUUUGUGCAAAGGAUGAAGAAGGAAAUCCAUUGUCUGAUGAAGACCUGCGUGCUGAGGUGGACACUUUCAUGUUUGGAGGUCAUGAUACCGUAUCCAGUGGGAUCUCUUGGCUGUUUUACUGCAUGGCCCAAAAUCCUGAGCACCAGCAGAGAUGCAGAGAGGAGAUAAAGGAGCUCCUUGGGGACCAAGAAACUAUUCAAUGGGAUGACUUGGGGAAGAUGACAUACACCACCAUGUGCAUUAAAGAGAGCCUUCGACUUUAUCCUCCAGUUACAAUAAUUUGUCGAGAGUUGAGUUCACCUAUAACAUUUCAUGAUGGACGAACGCUACCAGAAGGCUUCUUUGCUGCAGUGUGUCUGUUUGCAAUCCACAGAAAUCCUGAAGUAUGGGAAAAUCCUGAGGCCUUUGAACCCAUGAGAUUUUCCCCAGAGAAUUCAAGUUCACGCCAUCCCUAUGCUUUCCUGCCUUUUUCUGCUGGGCCAAGGAACUGCAUUGGACAGCAGUUUGCCAUGCUUGAGAUGAAAGUGGCCCUUGCUUUGACUUUGCUCCGUUUUGAACUGAAACCAGACCCAGCAAAACCUUCGAUUCCUGUGAUUCAGAUUGUCACAAAGUCCGUGAAUGGGGUCCAUCUGAAAUUGAAGAAACACCUUUGAAUUGCCAUGGGUGUGUGAUCCUGAUGCUCUGAAAUGCAUAGCAGCAAAGUUGGUUCAACACAUCCAGUGGAAUAUAUCCAGCAUAUCCAGUAGCUGAGACUUACUACACUGUGGAAUGACUUCACCUUUAAUUACAACUAGAAAGUGGGCCCAGCUUCAUAUGGGUAGGGAAGAGCCCUUAGUUUGAUACAACAAAGCAUUACACACAUGUCAGAGUUGGGGACAUUCUUCCUGCCCCAUCUGAGUGAAACCAUAUCCACCGGCACCUCUAGGCAUGUCUGCUGCCAUGGAGUUGCCUGUGUAUUGUAUUAAUAUUACCUAUCAGACAAUUUCAGUUUUUCUUGCUAGCUAUUAUUGAUUUUAUAGGCUUUGUGAAAUUUGCUCACGUCAGUGCUUAAUCAUCAUUCCAAGUAGGGCUGUGUUUUGGAUCCCCGAAUCCGAAGUGGAGCAGGCUGAUCUGGACCUCUGAAGCCCGGUUCCAAAGUGGAUCAGGGGAGGUUCGGAUCAGCGCGAAGCGGUUCGGACCGUUCCGAAGCUCCGGACGCAGGUAAGGGGGGGGCUUACCUGGUGCCGGUGCCAGCACAGUCCAUGCGGCAAUGGCAGCAGAGCCAGGAAGGGGGAGGGGGCUUACCUGUGUCCGUUGCAGUCCGGGCGGCAGCUUCAACUGAGGCCCAGGCUUCAAGGCAGAAACAGGCCAUGGCCUGUUUCCCCAUUGAGUCCUGGGCCUCAGUUGAAGCUGCUACCCAGACCACUACAGAUGCAGGUAAGUGGGGGGAGUGGGGCUUAC